AGCGAGGGGGACUACGGGUCGGCGUUGGGCUCAGCGGGCUCGGAACAAAGGACUCUCCGGUGCGGGCCCGGCGCGGCGCCGUGGGACGGUGGCGGCGCGGCCGAGCGCGGCGUCUGGGCCAGCCCGCGCCGUCGCCGCGCGUUCCCCGCGCUCGCCUCCGGCGCGGUUCCCCACGCCGAGGGGGCGCCGGCGCGGCGGCACCUGCUGCUGAGGGACCCGCGGCCCGCCCCGGGCGCUCAUGAUGGGGCUGAUCUUCGCGAAACUGUGGAGCCUCUUCUGUAACCAAGAACACAAAGUAAUUAUAGUGGGACUGGAUAAUGCAGGAAAAACCACCAUUCUUUAUCAAUUCUUAAUGAAUGAGGUGGUUCAUACGUCGCCAACUAUAGGAAGUAACGUUGAAGAAAUAGUUGUGAAGAACACGCAUUUUCUUAUGUGGGAUAUCGGUGGUCAGGAGUCCCUGCGGUCAUCCUGGAACACGUAUUACUCCAACACAGAGUUCAUCAUUCUUGUUGUUGAUAGCAUUGACAGAGAGCGACUAGCUAUUACAAAAGAAGAAUUAUACAGAAUGUUGGCUCAUGAGGAUUUAAGGAAAGCUGCAGUCCUUAUCUUUGCAAAUAAGCAGGAUAUGAAAGGGUGUAUGACAGCAGCUGAAAUCUCUAAAUACCUCACCCUUAGUUCCAUUAAGGAUCAUCCUUGGCACAUCCAGUCCUGCUGUGCUUUAACAGGUGAAGGGUUAUGCCAAGGUCUAGAGUGGAUGACCUCUCGGAUUGGUGUGAGAUAACUUUUUUGCUCGAAAGAGACUGCUCUAUUUAUUCUGUGACAUGAACAUUUUUUCCUAGUACCUUUGGCUGCUAAGGCAGCAGCAUGUUUAAUUUAUAACAACACAAACCUCUAUGAGCAACACUUGAAUCAAGUGCAGCCGAACUGGAACAUAAAAAAGAUUUUUUUUCUUAACUUUUUUUUAAUGCACUAAUCUUCAUUUGGAUGAAUAUAAUGUAUAACAAUGUUUUCAGCAACAGGAUCCUUCUGACUGCUUAUUCUAAUGAUUUGAUGACUACCUUGUAAGGAAUUUCUGCCAUAUGUUUUCUUAAGUAUUGUAACAACUUUAAUGACCGGUUUCUUUCACUUACUGACCACCUCUUUUUGCCACCCAGGUAAUGAAUGGUUUGACAGAGUAGUAGUGGAAAUCUAAGUACUGCUUACAAACUGAAUCCACAUUAAACAUUUACUCCCUCCAAAACGUAUUUUUUGGACAGAACUUAUUACAGAAUAAUAAACUUUCCGGGGUGGGGGCGGUGUUGUGUGUGUGUGUGUGUGUGUGUCUAUGGGGGCUGGAGAGAUAGCUCAAAGGGCCGAGUGCAUAGUUUGCAUGUGGAAAGCCUGAGUUUGAUCCCCAGCACCAUGUUAUCCCCUCAGCACCUCUGAGUGUAGCCCAAAAAACAAAACAACUGUAUAUGUGUCUGUUGUAUCUCUGUGUGUGUGUGUGUGUGUAUAACACAUCAUGAAAACUGCCUUUAAAUGCAUUCACUUUCCCCACAAAAGUUUUAAGUUUCUAAUAUUAGUAUUGAAAUUAAGCAGACUACUUAGAUAAAAGAAUAGAGUCCUUUCUUGCCUAUAACCCAUAAUUAGUUUUUGUUAUUAGCUAAUCAAAUUAUUUAUUUGAAAAACAAACUCUGACGGUAAAUAUUUUGGACAAAUCUGGUAUAUUUAAAGUAUCACAUUAUUCACUGCAUAUGUAACUAUUGGAAAUUAGUAAAGCAUACCAGCACUAACUGAAAAGAACACACUUGGAAUAUAUUUUACUACCUAUUACAAAGCCAUUUUUUAUCAGCAAAAAAUUCAGCUAAUCCUUUUGCAAGGAACAUUAUAUCUGCUUAGAAAAUAGUUCAUUUUAUUUCUUAAGACUCAAAAUUGUAUAUGUAAUAGCAUUUCUACCACCAGCAGUAUAUCACUUAAAAAACCACAUGUUUUUCCUUCUAUUUUUGAAUAUUCGCUGCAGACAAGCUUGGGCUAAUGGACAUCUUCACAAUUAUGCCUCAUGUUCUGUAUCUCUUGAUGGAUUCUAGGAAAUGCUGAAUUUUAAACCUAACAUUUAGAACGCUACUUACUAGGAGACUCAAAGCUAUUACACUGACAACUUAGAAAGUUUUAAAGAGUUAAGGAGAAAAAGUCAUAGUCAAAAGUUUAAGGGAUAGCAUUAACAAGUUUACAAGUUUAAAGGCAGCUGAGAUCAUCUAAAUUGUGCAUUCCUUUAGAGGGAGGAUAGGUUUUACAUCUUGAUUCUAUUCUUCAUAUUUUUUUUUUCUUAAAUGAAAGGGAGAAAUUUAGAGAAUACUUACUUUUAACGGUAAAAAAUUCCAUGAUUUCAUUUGGAUCAAAAAUAUAAUUCAGUGUUCACCAAGGAUAUUAAAAUACCUUUUCAACAUUGUUAACAUAAUUUCAAUAUUUUUUGUAAGCUGGUUUAAAUUUUGCUUUGUUUUCAGAUAUUCUUGAUUUAUUAUACUUAUUCUCAUUAAUUUAGUUAAUUGUGGUUACAGUUUUGGGCUUAUAUUUAAUGUUAGCACACCUUAGAGAUGAAAAUGAUUAGGGGAAACUUUCUGGAUUUAGAGAACUAGCUGUUUAUUAAUUUUUUUUUGAAUCUUUUUAAGUGGUUCUAUAUCAGGUGGAGGAAUUUUUAUUAUUUUUAAUAUAACCCAUAAUCAAGACCAUAACAGCAAAGCAGACAUAAAUCAUUCUGGAUGCUUGUGAUGUAUGUGUGGUGUGGGGAUUUAGGAGGAAUUAGCAAACUACCAUUUACCUAAAAGUACACUUUGUUGGAAUUUCUUUCUUGGUCAUGUAGUUUAGUCAUAAAUAUUGAGGACAGCUCUUUUAACUCUGUCCUGCAAAGAAGCAUGUUUAUUAUUCCUGUAUUCAUUCUUAUGAAAUUUGUAUGUAAAAGAUUGGCUGGCUCAAUUUUCUUCUAUCAAAUUAUAUAGUUAUUUUUUUAUAUUACCACAUCAGCAUUAUAUUGAAAGUGUUUUUAAUAGUUGAUUAUAUUUUGUCAACUACUAGUAUAGACUCAAGUUUGCUAUUUAAUUUUUACGUACGAUUUAUUUUCUAAAUCCUUUAAAAACCAUUUUGUUAAUUUAGAAUUAGAAAUGAUUAUAUAAGCUGUGUGUUAAAGAUGAAAUUGGCAUUUAUUGUGCCAAUGGUUGGGAAAAGUUCAACUGGGAAAUAUUUUAUAAAUUCUCGUUAGAUAUUUCCUAUUAUAGUAAUAUAAAGAACGAUUAUCUUUUACUCCAAGAGAAUGUUUGAUCCAAACAAGUAUCUAAUACUAUAGAUUCUGACAUUCAGUGUUUAUCCAAUGUUUAUUGAUCAACCAAGUGCAGGGUGUCAUCUGAUAAAGAACAAAACAAAACUUGUAAUUAGUGCCUUUAUUCACAUUUUUGAGAAAAAUUCUCAGUUGGGUACUACAUCUAUUCUUUAGAUCUGGGAUUACAGCUAAUUAACAGUGUGAAGUAAUGCAAAUUUCACUUCCUUCCUCUUCAGUCCUCCAAUUUAACAGCAAAGUUCCAUGUAAAUAGUAGAAAGCAAUGAACUACCCACAAGAAGUUCUUCUUAAUCUGAAGAUAAAGAAGCUAAAUAUUCACAAAUCUUUUCAACAUAUUAUUGUUUAAAAAAAAAGUGUAACUGCUACCCUUGUAAGGUCAAAUAUGUUUUUCCUGAUUUUUGAACAUGUGUGCUCUUCAUAUUUAAACCUCUGUUCUUGUUGAAACCCAGUUGAGAAUUGUUUUAAAAUUUACAGACACUGUUCUAUGGGACUAUUAGUAUGAUUUGGUUCCUUAUAUAGGAAAUUAUAUAUAAUCUGUUGGAAAACUCUGAUUAAAAACUUAGAUUUUGUUUUUAGUUUUUGUGUUAGUAUGUGUAUUCAAUGGCUUGGUUUUAUUCACUAUCCAUUAGAGGAAAGAUAAUAUAUUCAAAUUUCAUUGUUAAAAGUAAUUAUAAAGGGCCACCACCUCUAUCACUAUGAUAGCUAUAUUUGUUUUGAUUCAGCAUAAAUUAAAAUUCAUUAUAGCAUAAGUAAAAACAUAUUUCCUACAAAAUAGUGCGUAUGGGCAUACUGUAAACAGUAUUCUCUGGAGAGCGAUAAGCCCAUGGGGAUCACAAAGCAAAGGAUAUUGUAAAUAAUAAAAUCUUUAUUUAAAAAAAAUUCUCAGUAUGGUAUCUUGGGACAAAUUACAAACAGAAUUGUUUCCUCUAAUUUAUAUUUUAAUCCUUAACUAUGUAAAUUGUAUUAGUAGGGGAAAAAAGACCGGUUUUAGGCCUACCGAUAGAUAAAUUCCAUGGAAUAAAUUCCAUGGAGAUUUAUCUAUGAAGGGCAGUUUUUCGAGUCAAACCUUUUUACCUAUGGGAUUGAAUCCAAAACUUUUCACAUCCAGUUUAAUUCUAGAAGAAGCUAUAUAAGGUAUUAAGGUGAAGUUCAAACAGAGUCAUUUGAAGACAGUCUGAGAGUUCUCUCUGUAGAGUGAAUCUCAUUUUGGCCUCUACUGGUCUCGUUGAUCUUAGUAACUGUCCACGCUUUCCUAUUGUUUUUGCUGCAGAACUUAAAGUAAAAUGGAUGAAACCAAAUUUGUUUUUAGCUUUGAAUCCCACCCCCAUUCUUUUAUUUAACUGAUGAAUACAAUCAAGAAAACAAAGUAUCAAUUAUUGCUGCUCUGUUUAGACCCAACUAACAGCUAUUGACAAUGCAAAAGAGAGAAAAUAAGCCAUAUUGCUAAGAAAUUCCUAUUACGAUGAUGUUAAACACCAGCCUGUCGUUGGAAAUUCUUUCUCCUAGAGAAUACCUUGCUUAUUUUCCUGACUCGAUAAUUAUAUGGAAGUUGUUGCUUUGUGUUUUUUUAGGGGUGGGGGCAAACCAGGAGCUCAGGGGUGCUCCCAGUUCUGCUCCCUGUGGUUCUUGGUUCUUGGGGACCCCUGAAGUGCUGGGGAUUGAACCUGGACUCCUGAGGCAAAGCCUGUGCUCGUCUUUUGAUCUCUCCAGCCCAGUUUAUUGGUUUUAAAUCCACCCCAAGUUCAUUGUUUGCCUUUCUAGUAUUAAUGGGAUUGUACAGCCAGGAUGUCGGUAUUUAUAAGUCUGAUGUAGUUUACAUCCAAAGUUAUUUUUUUUUAUUUUUGUUUUCAGAAAUGCUUCACUCCCAUAUUCAUUAUUAAUGAAUACUGAAAUCUAAAUGCUAGGUUCCCGCAAAGUAUUUUUUUAGAGUUCUAGUAUCCAAAGCUAAGUAGAGGUGGCAAAUAACACAUAGCUUUUCAACUCCUUGGCUUCAGACUUAAAGUAGAAUAAACGUUGUGUUCAGUAGACUUCAUAACAGUUUUAAAUGUAUAUAGUUUGGGAAAUAGUAAUUGGAAUCUUUAGAUCAGACCUAGAAAUAAAAGCCAAAAUACUUGAAACAAAGGUUAAAACAUGGAGUGGAAGAAUCUUAAAAAGGACAUCAGUAGAUUAUUUAAUAGAAAGUAAUAAUUGCUUCCAACUAACUAAGGCAUUAAAAAUUAAUAGUUCAGUCUUUUAUAGCAGAGCUGGAUGGUGUAUAUAUUUUUUAAAUAUAGCCACAGGAUAAAAGGCUCAAUGGUAUUUUAGAAUUUUGGGGGAGCCAUAGGGAGCUGUCUUGCAUUUUUUUAAAAUCAGUAGUCUGCAUUUGCUUCCAAAAUGGAGAAAGAAUAAAACGUGCCGUGUAUAACUGUAUGACGUUUGGACUAGGAAACAGUUUAGAAGAAUGGAAAUACCCUCUUGCACAAACUUUUAAGAUUUUAAUUUAAAAUUACCUCACUUUUCAGUCCACAUGGUGCUUUGCUCCAGUUUCUAGGAAGUCACGUCAUAAAUACCCCUAUCGUCCAAACUGGGUUCACAGCCACAGAAUUCACUGCGAGGGGCGAGCUUUGGUGGGAUCUGGUGUCCUUGCUGAGCAGGGAGGCUCAUGUGCUGUCACAGAUGCCUAACCCGGCUUCCUUAGACCGCAGGAACUAGUGCUCAUUCAAACCAGAAUUCAGAUUUGGAAAGGGAAUGGUCCUAAAACUUGAUCAAUUCUAUUUUACUGCAGUUACAUUUCUGUUAGUGUGUUCGGCUAUCAAUGGCUGUCAGUUUUUCCUGGCCUUGUGUAAUUUCAUAUUGUGGCCCAAUUCAUUCAAGACUAAUUUCAUCUACUUUUCCUCAGGAAAUUCAGGGGCUUUACAGCCCCUAUUUUGUUCUCUUGGAGUAAAUUGUUCUGUAUCAUUAGGAAAAUUUUGUUUUGGUGUAAAAAAACAGCUGCUAUUUCCGCCCCCAACCCCCCAAAAAAGUAAAAUAAAGUAAUACUUAUGUUUUUUCUUCCCAUGGUGUAAUAGUUAUGAAUUUUAUCCUAUUCAUCUGCUGCACAGCAUGGUUUCUUAAAAAAAUAUACACAAAAACUAAAAGCAGUUACAGCCUUGAUCUUGCAUUUGUUCUAAUCAGAAUAUAAUGGUUAUAAUCAUACAUUGCCAUUUUAACAGAAGUUGGUGCUUUGGAGCAUUAAAGAGGAAACAGCAGGUCCUGUAUGAUACAACUUGUCUCAGAAUGUAAAAACUUAAAGUGUCUUGCAUUUAUGUUCAUUUCUUAAGGUUUAAAUAAGAACUGUUAUUAUUCAUCAAGGUUCAGCCUUUGUAGAAAUUAUAGCAUCUUAACUGAUCACCUUGAUCAAACAGAAGAUGGUGUUAAUAAGUCUAAAGUUAUGAAUUAGUUUUCUCUGGACCUCUCAUUGUAUAGAGGGACCAAAACAAAUAUUGUACGCUACAAACUGUAGCUUGAUACCAAAUGAGCAACUGAAAUGUGCCCUAUUGGUCCAAUAUAUAAGCAUAACUAUAAAGAUAUUAAGAGCAGCAAAUUAUUUAAUGCAUCACGUCCAUUCUUGAAAAUGGUUCAAAGCAUGUUCUGGUGGUGGAGUUGUUAAAAAGAAACAUGUUCUAAAUUUAAUAGCUUCAUUACUAUCAUAAAAUAUUUUUAUAUGUUGAGUUUAAAUUGCUGGUUCUCAUAAUUUUUUUAUUUCUACAAUUACGUUACCAUAAGUUCCUUGCAUGCUACUUACUCAAAUAAAAGGAUGCUGUUUGCUCUGGAAUGUUCAUCUUUCAGACAGGUUGUGGCUCAUUUGCAAUCAUGGUGCAAUAUGGUGUAACAUUCAUUUGUUUUCAGUCAACAAUUUUAUUUUUGUCAUAAUAAAUAAUUACUUUUCCAA